AAAGUUUUACUGAAACACAGUUCGCUGCUCUUCUGUGUGCGGCAUCAGUAACUUCAGUCGUCCCAGUUGAAUUAACGGAGCCCAAAAUCGCCCAUGCACCGGAUUCACAGACUUUAUCAUGCUACAUCAUUUGUCUCGGACUGAUGACCAUUGCAGAUCUCUGGCUUAAUAAAUGCAGAAGCGUUCUUUUGUGUGAUGGGUCCAAACUACCGAUGCAUAAGGCUGAGGCAGAAGUUACUAUUCAAACUAUCACCAUUUAAAUGGACUGUAGAUUUACCAGGAGUGAUCUGUCUUCUCCUCUGUGCAGUUUGACAUGAUGGUACAGCUGGACUGCAGCAUUAAAGUUUUGGGACCAGCAAGUUUCUCUCUCUGCUUUGUGAUAACAGCUGGGCUUCUGUCCAUGUUCGAGAGCACAACAGCUAGCGGAUAUAAUCAAGACACAGAUAGUUCUCCUAAUGGAUUUCCUAACUACGAAGUUGUUCAUCCUAUCAGAGUAGAUUCAUCGGGACAUUUUUUGUCCAAUCAUGUGUCCCACCGUGUGAGUCGAAUUCAAAGGAGAGAGACAUCAAAAACCAAAGAGAGCCUGGCCAAGGUUUUUUACCAUCUGCAGUAUGGUGGUCAAGACCUGCACUUUAACCUCACCCUAAACCCUCAUCUACUAGCGCCUGGAUUCCUCACAGAGUUGAGAUAUGGUGGUCUGCAAGGGUCUACAUUAAAUAGCCAUGGCAACUCUCUCUGCUACUUCCUGGGAGAUGUCUGGAGCAGUACAUUGAAGUGGGGUCAAGCAGCUCUGAGCACUUGCAAUGGCCUGACAGGGCUGUUCAAGCUCUCAGAAGAGGAAUUCUUCAUUAGGCCGCUGGAGUCAGCACAAGAAAAGUCAGCCUCACAGGCUCAUGCAGUCUAUAAGCGACAUGCUGUCCAAUCAGAACACCAGCUGGUGCAGCCUCUGUUUGGAGAGCACACAGCUAACGCGACCUGUAGGGUCAGAGAUCCUUUAGGCGGGGCAAAGCAGGUGGAAAGGCAAAGAGAGCGCUGGGAGAGACGGCAACAUCGCAGACGGAUUAGACAGCGCUCCAUAAGCACUGAGAAGUGGGUAGAGACUCUGGUAGUGGCUGACCCUAAAAUGGUGGAAUACCAUGGGAGCAAAGGAGUUGUGAGCUAUGUGCUCUCUGUCAUGAAUAUUGUGGCAGGGUUAUUUCGGGAUGCCAGCAUUGGAAAUGCCAUCAACAUCGCUGUCGUGCGUCUCAUUCUGCUGGAAAAGGACGAGGAGGAUUUGAAAAUUACGCAUCAUGCAGACAACAGCCUGAACAGCUUCUGUAAGUGGCAGAAAGGCAUCAAUAUGAAGGACGAUGAUCAUCCAGUCCAUCAUGAUGUGGCUGUCCUCAUUACUAGAAGAGACAUUUGUGCUGCCAUCAAUAAGCCUUGUGAGACAUUGGGACUGUCUCAUGUGGCUGGAAUGUGCCAACCUCACCGCAGCUGCAGCAUCAAUGAAGACACAGGCCUGACCCUGGCAUUUACAAUCGCACAUGAGCUCGGCCACAACUUUGGGAUUCAGCAUGAUGGGAACGGCAAUGACUGUGAGCCUAUUGGGAAAAGACCUUUCAUCAUGUCUCCACAGCUCCUGUAUGGAACCUCUCCACCCAACUGGUCACGCUGCAGCUGUGAAUACAUCACCCGCUUCCUCGAUCGAGGCUGGGGCUGGUGUUUGGAUGACCCUCCUGUCAGAAACGAUCUUGAGAUGCACUCUGCUCCCCCUGGCGUCCUGUACAGCGCUGCUCAUCAGUGCAAGCUCCAGUAUGGAUCCAGCUCACUGCUCUGUGACGAUGUAGAUAAUAUCUGCAGCACCCUGUGGUGCACAGUGGGCUCAACCUGCCACUCGAGGCUGGAUGGUGUUGUGGAUGGGACCAAGUGCGGAGAGGGCAAGUGGUGUUUUGACGGGGAGUGUGUGGAGAUGGGCUUCCAGCCUAAAAGCGUGAAUGGUAGCUGGGAUUCAUGGAGCGAGUGGUCCAGGUGCACCAGGACAUGCGGUAUAGGCGUUCAGAAUGCCCAGAGGGAGUGUGUCAACCCUGUGCCCAAGUAUGGAGGUAAAUACUGUCUUGGAGAGCGCCGCAGAUAUCGAACCUGUAACCGUGACCCCUGCCCUGCGGACCAGACCAGCUUCAGACACAUCCAGUGCAGCCGCUUUAACACAAUCCCAUAUAAGGGAAAGUUUUAUAAAUGGAUACAUGUAAAUAACAGAGUUAAUCCGUGUGAGCUGCACUGUAGACCUGUGAAUGAGCACUUUUCCGAGAGAAUGCUGGACACUGUCAUAGACGGAACACAGUGCUAUGAAGGCAGUCAGAGCCGUGACAUAUGCAUUAACGGCAUUUGUAAGUACUUAGGCUGUGAUUAUGAGAUUGACUCAGAUGCUGUUGAGGAUCAGUGUGGAGUGUGCCAUGGAAAUGGAUCUACGUGCGAAACAGUGAGGAAGACCUUUGAGGAGAGUGAAGGGCUCGGCUAUGUAGACAUAGGUCUAAUUCCGGAAGGAGCACGGGACAUCCGUAUCGAGGAAGUCGCAGAGGCUGGGAACUACUUGGCAUUGCGCAGUAAUGACCCUGAAAAAUAUUUCCUGAACGGUGGCUGGACGAUCCAGUGGAAUGGCGAGUAUAAAGCAGCAGGAACUGUAUUUACUUACGAAAGGACCGGGCAGCUGGAAAACCUAUCUUCUCCCGGACCGACUAUGGAGCCAGUGUGGAUCCAGCUGCUUUUUCAAGAGACCAAUCCAGGGGUGAGGUAUGAGUACACCAUAAGCAGAGACAUUCUUGUCGACUCCAACAAUGGCACUGCUGUCUCUUAUUUCCAGUGGAUUUAUGGGGCUUGGACUGAAUGCAGCGCCACAUGUGGAACUGGUGUGCAGAGGCAAGUUGUGCACUGUGUGGAGAGAACAUCUGGAAUCGUCGAGGAACAUUACUGUGAUCCAUCUACUAGGCCGGAUGACAAGCAAAGUAACUGUAAUAAGGGGGCAUGUCCUGCCAUAUGGUGGGUUGGAGAGUGGCAGAAGUGCUCAUCUAGCUGUGGGGACAUUGGGCUUAGUAAGAGAACAGUGCUGUGUAUUCGGAGCCUUGGGCUGGAUGAGCAACGAGCGCUUCAGCCAGCUGAAUGUCAACAUUUGCCUAAGCCUGAGUCAAUUGUUCGGUGUAACACACAUGUGUCCUGUCCUGCUGACUGGACCAUUGGAAGCUGGUCAGAGUGUUCAGUGAGCUGUGCAGCUGGUUUCCAGAUACGUGACGUGACCUGCAGCUGGAAUACUGGUAUGGACUGUGAUCCGAAAGCCAAGCCUAAUUCAACUAUGCCAUGCUAUCUUCAGGACUGCCCCAUAAAUUCGGACACCUUUGGCAAUGACUGGUCAGGAAGUGGAGCAUCUAGCAAAGAAGUUUUCAAUGAGAUAAAAGUUAUACCCCACUUUAGUACUACUAAAAAUCAGCCCAGGGGCAAUGCUGACCUCAAUGACAUUAUAGAAGAUGAUUUCUCACAUUAUAGUCAUGUUGAAAAGUCCUCUGACAAUUCUAUUGGGAAAAAUCUUCAAGUUGAUGAUUUUUAUUACGACUACAAUUUUAUAAGAUUCCAUGAGGAUCUGUCGUAUGACUUUGAUAAAGAUGAAAAUGAUAUGUUUGAUAACUCAGGAAUAAAAUAUGGAGACAUUACUCUGACAGGGACAGAUGUCCCUAUGACUACCUCAUCACCAUCCACCACUACGGACCAACACAGUACCACCAUGCGCUCUGACAGCAUUACAAUCAAGGGUACUGAAGGUCAUGAACCUCAAAAGAAAGACGUACUAGAUGAAAAUAAUGAUGAGCUAUUUGCUGAGGAUUACUUCCUGCCUGUCAUUACAACAACUGAACCAUCCUCUGCAGUUACCAGGUUAUUUAGCAAAUGGAAGGACAAUGAUAGUGACUUCACUAUUACAAGGAAACAUCCAUCAACUGCAGAUGUCUCCACUCAGGACAAGCAGACAUUAUCAUAUGAAACUGAGCCAAACAUCUUUUUGACUCCUGAACCACAUACAAAUUCAAACUCAAAUAACCAUGACAAUUACAAAGGCAAUCAAAAAGAUAAAACCAUAAUGGCAAUAACUGAAGAUGAGAAUGAAGAGGAGUUUGGCGAAGAUGUUCCUGGAGGUGAAAGUGAACCACACCAUGGCACUCAAAAUAAUGAACCUCCUUUAGAUUAUGCGUUUAAGUUUGAAACUUAUGAGAACAGACAUGUUCAUAUUCCUACUACUUCUUUACAAUGGCGUACGGCCUCACCAACAGUCUCACUGAGUGCAACUUCUCAACCAUUGGAGCUUCUCAGCAGUGCUUCCAGUGAUGACUUUGCAAAAUUUAAAGUUCUGACGGAACCAUCAUUUAACACUAAGGAGAGUGAAUUCACUGUAAGAGAGUUCACUACGACCUCAGAUAGCCUUUCUCAAGAGUAUGUUCCUUCUCCAACUUCCUCUGUCCCAGCCAAACAUUACAGUAGCAUGACCUCAGCAGCUGGAACAACAGCUCUACCUCCUACAGAAAUGGAAAGUGAUUUUGAGCCCCCACUCUUCACUCCAAGUGAUAUUCCGGACACUACAAUUGCUACAGAGACUCAAAGUUGGUAUUCCAGAGCCAUUGCACCACCCAAAACUAAUGGGCCUAAAAUAGAGCCUUGGGGAACUCCGGUCCCCUUACCUCGCUGGACAGAGAUUGACAACAAUGAGAUUAUUAUUGCCCGAAUGCUGAGACCUGCUGGGCUUAAUCCCUCUCUGUCUACUCCUACUGAGCUGCCAUCUCAGGGCACUAGCAGUGAGCAUUCAGUGCAUUCUUCUAGCCCUCCGAUGCCCACUGGGCUGGUCAUGCCUUCUCUUUCCCCAUCAGCCUCUCCUGCACACUGGAAAAAAGGCAACUGGAGUGCUUGCUCAACAAGUUGCGGGCUUGGUGCCAUCUGGAGGUCAGUGUCCUGCAGCACUGGUGAUGGAUCAGACUGUGACUUAGCUACUAGGCCAGUGCCAGCACGCCGCUGCUACCUUCGUCCCUGCUCUGCAUGGAAAAUUGGAGAGUGGAGUAAAUGCUCGGAGAAUUGUGGUGUAGGAGUGAAGGUCAGAGAGAUUCAGUGUUAUGACACACGAGAUCAAAGGUUGCUGCGGCCAUUUCAUUGCCAGGCCAUCUCCCCCAGACCUCCUGUCCGAAUUCCUUGUAACAUCCACAACUGUUUAGAGUGGUACACAUCUUCUUGGGGGCAGUGUUCAGAGCUGUGUGGAGGUGGGGAGCAGCAGAGGCUGGUCACCUGCCCUGAAACUGGGAAAUGUGAUGAUAACCUAAAGCCCAGCAACAUCCAGACUUGCAAUGUCCAUCCAUGCCACCAGUGGAUUACUGGAUCCUGGGGUCAGUGUUCGGUGUCCUGUGGAGGAGGUGUUCAGCGCCGACUGGUUAAAUGUGUCAACACUAAGGCCGAGGUCGAGGAUGAAAAUGAGCAUGUUGAUUGUGAUCACGAACCUCGACCAAAGAACACAAAGAAGUGUAACAUUCAUGACUGUGACAGCGCCACCUCUGGUCAGUUGUGUUUACGGGACCAUUUGACAUUACGCUUCUGUCAGACCCUCCAGUGGCUCGGGCGAUGUCAAGUGCCUUCAGUCCAUGCAAAGUGCUGCAAGACCUGCGGGCUGCCAUCACGGGGCAAUGAUCGCAUUGCAAGUCGCUGAGAUGCAGGGGAAUUGCAGAAUGAAUGUUGUUGGUUGCUAAGAAGAGGCUAAAUGGGACUGCAUUACAUGUCAUCACACCGAACAACAACAAAAAAAACUUAUCUACUCACUAACCCGCUUUCAAAACCUUGUCAUGUUUAUAAUUGCGCUCUUCCAAACUGUUCUACUUUCAGGGAUUUUUUUAAGGAGUUGUCAGAAGCUCAGUGGUGAUUCUGAAGUCAUGCGACUGCGAAGUAGUUUUUUUAUUGCCUACAUAACUUUUACUUCUGACAAAGAGAGAACAAAACAUGUAAGAAUCAAACAUUUAUUGGUCACAGAGCUUAUUUCCUUCAAUAAUAUAAAAGCAGAUGGAAAAAUACAACUGCUUUUUUGUCAAGGGUGAUGCUAAUUUCCAGGUUGACCUACAAAAAUACGUCAUCACUGCAUUGACUACUAUAGUAAUUAAACGUUCUUUUCUGAUUAGCAAUUGACAGAACAAAUAUAUUCAUAAUUUGGCUAUUUGAAUCAUAUCUUUUUAACUCUGUCAGGAAUUUAGGAUUGCAGUUCAACAGUUCGAGUAUUUGAACCACAGAUAACCACAAAGCUAGAGCGCAAUUCCACAUAGUUGCAAGGUUGCGGAUGUUUCUAUUUAUUGAAGCUGAUGGCAGAUCAGAUGUAAAACCAGUAAUGAAGUACCUGGUGCUGCAACAUAAACCGGUGCUAAAGGUAAUGAGCGCUAAUCAGUCUAGUGUUGGCUGGUACUUGAAUUCUAUACACACUAUUUAUAGUACCUUAUUUUUAUGUCUGUAUUACCCUUUGAAUUAAUAAACAUACACAAUAAUAGUUCAGUGUACCACUUUUCAAAAUGUAUACAGCAUAGAAUAGCUUAAUGUCUGCUUCAUAAAAUAUAAAGGAUUGCUUUAUAAUGCAGUCAUUGUAUUCCUCUAGUGUAUAAUGUGAGAUAAAACCGUUAGAGACAUCAGUUAAAAAAAAAAACCUCAAGAUGUUUGUCAGGUACAUGAAAUAUUACACUAAGUAAAUGUUUAGUAUGGUUGUUUUUGCCUUUUUAUAAUACAUGAUGACCACUAACUGUGCAUUCAGUCUUAAGAUGCGGUCACAUCUGCGACAUUUCUGCAAAGUUUCGUGGACAAAAAAGGUUUAUUGUUAAUAGUGUAAUGAUGUAUGAAGCUCAAUUCAUACAGAGCAAUUAGCAAUAUGUCACUGAAAUUUCACAGACAAAAAAGGUCAGUUUUUUAUGUCUAUACUAUAGAUAUGAAGCACAGCUAACAUAAAAAUCACUUUCAAACCAAGCUUUCUCUUGGUUAUAUUUCUGUUGGUCAUCACGGCAACUUCAGUGUACCAACUUGAAAACGAGUGAAAUCCAUUUAGGGAACAGUUUCGCCUUCAUGCAAAACUCCAGAUUGUGCAGAUUCCCAUUUAAAUUAUUGCAUAUCUCUAUGGAAGCCCAU